CUCGUCAACAUCGGCGGCGACUUCGACGCGGCGGCCGGCGUGUUCCGCUGUCGCCUGCCCGGCGCCUAUUUCUUCUCCUUCACGCUGGGCAAGCUGCCGCGCAAGACGCUGUCGGUAAAGCUGAUGAAGAACCGCGACGAGGUGCAGGCCAUGAUUUACGACGACGGCGCGUCGCGGCGCCGCGAGAUGCAGAGCCAGAGCGUGAUGCUGGCGCUGCAGCGCGGCGACGCCGUCUGGCUGCUCAGCCACGACCACGACGGCUACGGCGCCUACAGCAACCACGGCAAGUACAUCACCUUC